ACUUGAACCAUUCUCAUCGCGCCUUUACGAACACCUCGCUCCCAUGGUUGUCUUGGACCCGUUCGCAGCGGCCUCCAAGCCAAUGCCAAACUGGGACACCAUUCCCUCAAACCCCCUCCGUUUUGCUGCAACCUUGCAUUCUGUGGAUGUCAACACGCAUCACCCAACACCCUCGUCAGUCUCGUCGUCCCAGAAGUUGCCUCGACCUAGGCGACCAAACGACGCCUUUCCGUCAUCGUCUUCAAAAUCCAACGCCAAGCACGCGAAAACCCACAGUUGGGCCGCUUCCACCUCAUCACACCAUGGCGCAGUCGGCAGCGACGAGUGGAUGGAGGAGAGGGUAGCCCAGUGUGUCGACAAUGCCAAGAGUGACCUCAUUAUUCAAGAUUUUGGGCUUCAGUCUCUGUCAACCAAGAUCGCCGACUUGCGGGACCUGGUCACACUCUCUCACCUUCGCUCUCCUACCGCAUCACCAUCGUUUCCUCGACCUUCAUCGCCCUUGUCGCCUUCAUUGGGCCCCGCCUCUCCUUUUAUCAGAGACCUGCGGUCUCCAACAUUGCACCAUCUGGCACCGAGCGACCGUGGGUUCUCGCGAACUCAGUCUGCCCCUGCAUCCGCCGCCUUCUUCACUACACUUCGACAGGAUGAUACUUCAGCGCGCCCGAGGCCAAGUAACGCACUUCUUCCUGCAGUGGCCAUCCAGGCCCCAGGCUCUGUGACACCAGCUGCUGCUAGUGUUGUUGGAAGUUCAGCGCUGGUACCAAACAGCACAACCUCUGGACGGCAGUUUAGUCGAAGCAAGACAGGGGGAGUGCUCCGAAACCAACUGCGGCCUGACCAGCGAAGGUCCGCCCCCGACAUUGGCGUCUACGCAAGUCAAAACCUUCUCGUCAGCCUUCCCAGUGCCCUGUUUGACAUCCGAAAUCUCACGGUGCUGAGUCUGCGGAGCAACAGGCUGCAGUCACUUCCUGCUGCUAUCGGCGAACUUCGGCAUCUGAAGGAGUUGAAUAUCAGUAACAAUCUCAUUCGUUAUCUUCCCUCCACAAUCUUGGAUUUGUCUCUUGAGCAGUUCUCCGCGCACCCCAAUCGCUGGAUCGAGGCCCCCCUCGAUGCUCCCAAGAGCACGAAAUCUCCAGCUGUCGGCAGCCGCAACUCGCUUAUCACUGCGCCAACUCGAUUGCUCACUCAGAGUGGCCCGGUUCCAACGCUGGCCGCCCUCUGCAUGACCGUGCUCUUGUCGCCUCGACCACCGUCCAAUUUGGCCCCCUUGAUCGACUGUUACAACUGGGACGAAUGCCGUGUCCGUGGACAACAUCCCCUUCUCGACCCGCACAUCUUGAGUCACAGCAUGCCUCCGAGCUUCGGUGUAGAGGAGCUGGGACGAAUCCUUCAGAGCGUGAAGAGUGCUUGUUCAAGUCGAGCACAGACGGGACGAUUCACUGAUCCAUUCCCUCACUCAUACCGAGUCCCCCCUCCGGAUGACGCGGCUGAGAACCCCUACUUUUCUCCUUGCCCAUCUCCGCGGCACUGGAAUGAGAACGAUAUUGUCGACAAUCUCAACUCUCAGUCACGUCGCAUCUUUUUGCAUGCUGCAGAAGAACGGUUUCAAUGGCGAGAGGUCGCCAACGUAUCCAAUCUGCCCAUUCGCUGGCUGGGGUGCUCGCCAGGAUGUUUAGAGUUCUUAGACGAUGAAGACGAAGAAGAAGAGUGGCCAACUUUCGAGGUCACCGUCAGUCGCCUUGAUUGA